UACGUUCAUAAUUUUAAGAUUAAUAAUAUAUUUUCACUUACAGUUAAAGCACAAACAGAACGAAAAAACGAAAGGAAGAAAGUAGAACAAAAGAUUUCUAUAAACAAUAGUACAGUUUGUGACAAUAGCGAAGAGACGUGCAUAAAACACCUUAUUAUUGAGGAGCAAAAUGUGAGCAAAAAAUCUUUCAGUCAAAGUCAACAUUUAAAGAUUCAUAGUAGAACACAUUGUGGUGAAAAGCCAUAUUCUUGUAAUGAGUGUGAUAAGAGUUUCAGUCAACGUCAUCAUUUGAAGCUUCAUAUUAGAAUACAUAGCGGUGAAAAACCAUAUUCUUGUCAUGUAUGUGGUAAGAGUUUCAGUCGAAGUGGACAUUUGAAGAUUCAUAGUACAAUUCAUAGUGGUGAAAAGCCAUAUUCUUGUAAUGAAUGUGGUAAGAGUUUCAGUUUAUGUCAAAAUUUGAAGAUACAUAGUAGGAUACAUAGCAAUGAAAAGCCAUAUUCUUGUAAUAUAUGCCAUAAGAGUUUCAUUCAAAGUCAUCAUUUGAAGAUUCAUAGUAGAAUACAUAGUGGUGAAAAACCAUAUGCUUGUAAUGUAUGUGGUAAGAGUUUCAGUCGAAGUGAACAUUUGAAGAAUCAUAGUAGAAUACAUAGUGGUGUAAAGCUGUAUUCUUGUAAUAAAUGUGGUAAGAGUUUCAGUUUAAGUCAAAAUUUGAAGAUUCAUAGCAGGAUACAUAGUGGUGAAAAGCCAUAUUCUUGUAAUAUAUGUGGUAAUAGUUUCAGUCAAAAUGAACAUUUGAAGAUUCAUAGUAGAAUCCAUAGUGGUGAAAAGCCAUAUUCUUGUAAUGAAUGUGGUAAGUGUUUCAGACAAAGUGGCCUGUUGAAGUCACAUAAUAGAAUACAUAGUGGUGAAAAGCCAUAUUCUUGUGGUGUCUGUGGAAUGACUUUCAAACUAAGUGGCCAGUUGAAGAUACAUAACCAAAUACAUAGUGGUGAAAAGCCAUAUUCUUGUGGAGUGUGUGGAAAGACUUUCAAACUGAGUGGCCAGUUGAAUAUACAUAACAGAAUACAUAGUGGUGAAAAGCCAUAUUCUUGUAUUGAAUGUGGUAAGAGUUUCAGUCGACGUCAAAAUUUGAAGGUUCAUAGUAGAAUACAUAGUGGUGAACCGCCAUAUUCUUGUAAUGAAUGUGGAACGACUUUCAAUCUUAGUCGCCAAUUGAAGAUACAUAACAGAAUACAUAAUGGUGAAAAAUUGUAUACAUGUAAUGAAUGUGGUAAGACCUUCUGGCGAUCUUAUAAUUUGACGAGACACAUUAGAAUACAUAGUGGUGAAAAGCCAUAUUCUUGUAAUAAAUGUGAUAAGAGCUUCUAUCAAUCUUAUGAUUUGAAAAGACACCAUAGAAAACAUAGUGGUGAAAAGCCAUAUUCAUUUAAUGAUGUGGUAAUAAAUUCAGACUAAGUGGCCUGUUGAAAUCACAUAAUAGAAUACAUACCAGAGAAACCUCAUGGACAUUUUUAAGGUACCCACAUUCACCUAACAUUUCACUUUCGGUGUGUUUAAUUUUUUGUCAGAACUUCUGACUCAGAAGUCAGUUUUAAGGCAAAGUAUUUUUAUUAUAAAAACAACGGCACAUUGUGGGUACAAUUACAGUUCCAAAUGAAAUUGUGAAAUAUCAUCUAAAAAGGCAAUAAAAAUAUAUUAUGAUUUUUCUAGAUUUAAUGAGUAGUGAUUAGUAAUAAAUACUAAAUUAAAUUUGUAAUCAAAAUUUAUGAACGAUGCCGUGCUCGAACCCGCGAUCUCUCGGGUUCCGUCCGAGCGCUCUUCCACUGAGCCGACAUAUAUAAGUCUUGGUAUGUCUACAGGAUCUACUUUACAGUUGAUAACCUGCUCAACCCCAAUAAUUGCAUAUUAGGAAAUUGACUUAAGAUGUCGCUCCUUAAAAUCUAAACAAUUUGUUAUAUUUUUGUAAAGUGAUAUUACUCACUUCUGGGAUUAUUGAAAUUAAAUUUUAGAUAAAAGUAAUAAAUACUCCAAAUCCACCUUCGUUGAUAAUAGAAUAAAUAGCUGCCCGGUAGCUAUCAACUGUUGCAAAUAAGAAAACUGAUCAACUAUCUACUAGUCAAUUAUACAAAGCUAAAAUAUGCAUACUAGUUAAGAAAAUACUAUUUUUUUUUUAUUUUAAGACAUAAAUCACUUAAACAUGGUACCCGAAACAUACAUAAACCGCAUUUAACUAAAGCUAGAACAAGUUAUGGUACGAAAACUAUAAAGUUUGAGGGAGUGCUCCUUUAAAUGUCUUGCCGAAAGAUGUAUUUCAGGAGAAAUCUUUUCCAAGAUUUAAAACUAAAUAAAAAAAGCACUGUCAAACAAUACUUAGUUAUCUUAGAACACAGCGUGUUUUGAAUUAUUAUUGUAUAAAGUCACCGUAACUUUAAAAAUUUUAAUUUAAUUCCGCCAAUAUUUGUCUUUAAACAAUUCGACACGUGACUGAGACUGAGUUUUACUUUGAGUCCCGUGCCAGAUUUUGGCGAGACAACACGUCCUGCGGAUGCCUCGUGUAGAGCCGAAACACGUGUCGAAUUGUUUAAAGACAAAAAUUGGCGGAAUUAACACUAAAAAAAACUCAAAUCAUUUGUAUAGUUGUCUUUUAUAUUUAUCUAGAAUUAUUGUUCUCAUGUAAGUGAACUUUUAUUCUUAUUGAAAAAUAAACUCUUUAAACCUAUAACCUUUUGACAAAAAUAUUGCCUUUAAACGUGCAUACUUUGAUGAAAGAGGUUGGCAAUAUGCCGACGCAUGCAUUCAAUAUAGGCAAAUAGGUAUAGCCUACCUCAGUAAAAAACUAAAUUAAAAUUAUAUAGCACUAGUGUUAUAGUUAAUUUAGUUUAAUUUGGUUCUAUUAUUCUAUAACUAAACUUUUUUAGUUUUCCCAUGGUAAGCUAGCCUACUGGCCUGUUAUUGGCCCACCGCCUAAAUAUUAUCGAAUUAAGUUGCGAUUUGCGAAGUAAACAAUAACCGACGAUCCCAUAUCUGUCUCACUCAUUCCCAUUUGCAAUGGAUUUUAACCUGUUUCGCUCUGCUGCAAAGUGCAACGCCAUUUUCUUUUUUACUUUAUUUGCUGAAUGUUUUGAUUUUGUGUUUACUGUUUGUACAAUGACAUAAAAAAGAUGUGUUGUGUGUUAAAAAUAGAUAUUAGGAUAUUCAAUUAUAAUAGAGAAAUUAGAUUGUGGCAGUUGUGGCACACAGUUAUCAUUCGAACAAAAGUAAAAAUUGUUUCUUUCAAUAUGUAGGCCGCACGGACGAGUAAAAAAAGAAGGACUCCGCGCCGUGAUAUUAGCAAGUGAAGCACCGUUUUGCUAGUGUGUGUGCAGUUACGGGGGAUACUAGUUACACAAUUUUUUCUCCCUUAAAUAAUCAUAAAUGGCCGAAUACUUAUAUAGUAUCGUUUUUACACUUUUUCACAACGCACCACGGGAUUUUUAAUAUAUUUUAUUGAGACGCAAAGCGAACUGAUCUGUCACAGACGAUAACAAUUCUCAUAACGGCCGCCUAUAGGCCUGUUGUAGUGUAAGUGUGUGCGUGGGGCUAUGUAUUUACACGUUGAUCGGCUUGUUUUGGUGCUAUAUUCUUAUGUAAGGUGACACGGAGUCCUUAUUUUUUAUAUUAAUAUUAUUAAUAUUACUUGAGAUAUCUGUGAUGAUGAAAAUUUUGUUCGAUCGCUAUUAUUUUACAAUAUCUACAUGUAACAACACGAAGAACACCGCAAAAACACUGUUAAUCUAAUUUGUAUCAUUAUUACCUACUAAAUAUUAGACCUGCUUCCAAUAUGUAUAAAAAUAUAUGAGUGUAUAUAAUAAUAAAAAUGAUAAGAAGAUCGA